AUGUCUAGAGAGGUUCAUGUUGUCCCUUGUGGUUAUCUGUGCCACUGUACAGAACUAGCCAAUGAAACACUGGCGGGUAUCAACACUGAUAUCAUGACCUUGACCUUAGAACUUGACCUACUUAAGAAAGAUCUAACCUUGGAACCUAGCACCACAAGUGAAACCAGCGCAACAACAAGCAGUACUGAAGCCAGCACAACAGCUACAGAAAGCACCACAGCUGUUCCAACAACUGUAGCCAGCACAACAGCUACAGAAAGCACCACAGCUGUUCCAACAACUGUAAGCAGCACAAGUGAAGCCAGC